AUGACAUAUUAUGCAAACAACUCCGAUAGGUUCCACGGACAAGAAGUGUGGAAUCCAGAGAAGAUGGAUCCAGUAAGGUCAAUAGAAGACCAGUUCUCCAAGUUGCAUCCAUCCUUGCCAGUAAACACGCGAAUUGGAAUUGUGGGGGGUGGUCCAAGUGGCUUGUCAGCUGCUUAUGCAUUGUGCAGGCUUGGUUAUAAAGACGUGACCGUGUUGGAGAAGCAUCAUGCAGUUGGUGGCAUGUGCGAAUCAGUGGAAAUUGAAGGGAAGGUUUAUGACUUGGGCGGGCAAGUUCUUGCUGCAAGUAGCGCUCCUGUCAUUUUUCACUUGGCAAAAGAGACAGGGUCUGUAUUAGAAGAAAUGGAUUCCCACAAGCUUGCUGUUAUUGAAUGUUCUACUGGAAAUUAUCAAGAUAUUAAAGUUGCAGAUGAUUACGUAUCUGUGAUGUCACUUACAUUGGAAAUCCAAGAAAAGGUAAAGAAUUCUGAUCGUAUUGGUGUCCACGCUGUUAGUGAACUUGCUUCGGACUUAAGUCCGGAAUAUAUUGAGCGAUAUGGACUCAAAUUUGUUCCUAAAUCCGUAGCCUAUGGUUACACCGCUUCAGGAUAUGGGUUUGUUCAAGAUAUGCCAUACGCGUAUCUUCAUGAAUUUACCAGAACGUCAAUGGCGGGAAAAAUUAGACGUUUUAAAGGUGGAUAUACAAGUCUUUGGCAGAAGAUUGCUGAAUCGCUUCCACUGAAACUUCACUGCAACACUGAAGUGUUGGCCGUCAGACGCAACUCUGAAGGCGUCACCGUUAAUGCCAAAAAUUCUGAUGAAGUUAAAACAAUGGAGUUUGACAAGAUUAUAAUCUCGGGAAAUUUUCCAUUAAAAUAUGGAAGAACUUAUAGAUCCUUACCUUCAACUUGCAUAGAGCAAGAAGCUGAAGUCAUGGAUGUCAGUGAUCUUGAAAGGGAUUUAUUCAGCAAAGUAGAGACAAAUGACUACUACACUACUGUUUUGAAGAUUAACGGGCUCGAGGAUAUGCCUAUUGGAUUUUAUUAUUUUAGGGAGUUUAUGGAAGAUCCUAGUACAAUUGGAAAUCCAGUUGCGUUGCAGAAAUUCUAUGCUGACACUGAUAUAUUCUUGCUAUGGUCAUAUGGCAACUCUGCUGACAUUAAGGGACCAAUUGUCACUGAGCUUGCGAUCAAUGCAGUAGAAGCCAUUGGAGGAGAAGUUGAGAAUGUGAUUCUUCAACGUCGUUUCAAGUAUUUCCCUCAUGUUAGCGGUCAAGAUAUGAAAGAUGGCUUCUAUGACAAAUUUGAAUUGGAACUUCAAGGUUCGAGGAAUACUUACUAUGUAGGUGGACUUAUGGCGUUUGAGCUUACAGAGAGAAAUUCAUCUUAUGCAAUUGCUUUAGUCUGCAAGAACUUUGGGACUAACAAUGACCUGCCAAUAUUUCCUUACACUAAGAGUUUGUUUCCCUUGCAAAUGAAAGGCAUGAUAAAAGAUCCAAAAGAAUUAGGCGAAUUGCCAGGAAUACAAUUUUCUGAUUUGCCUAAUUUGAGCGGUUAUUUGAAGUACUGGGGAACUCAUUCUGUUACUCGAAACAAAACUCUCUACACUUGGAUUAAUGAAGAAGGGGUUGUGAUGUGCCAAAGGACCUAUGGAGAGCUUUACUCAAAUGCCAAUUGCAUUGCUCAAAAGCUAUUAACAUGCCAAAAACCAUUUAUCAAACCUGGAGACAGGGUUUUAAUGAUCUACGUUCCUGGUUUGGAUUUCAUUGAUGCCUUCUUUGGAUGUCUAAGCGCUAAAGUCAUACCAGUUCCUGUUCUUCCCCCAGAUCCAAUGCAAAGCAGUGGGCAAGCACUUAUGAAGAUUGAAAUUAUUGCUAAAUCAUGUGGCAUAGUAGCAAUUUUGUCAACAACAGCUUAUCAUUCAGCAGUCCGUGCAGGGUCAAUGAAAAAUUUAAUCUCACUAAGUAGAAAAGGUGGGAGGGCUUCGGCUCAGUGGCCUAAUCUUCCAUGGCUGCACACGGAUACUUGGGUCAAGAACUUCAAGAACCAGAGUAUGGAAUGUCUAGCUGAUCAAUCUGAUCCUCAACCUAAUGAUAUUUGUUUUUUGCAAUUCACAUCAGGAUCGACUGGUGAUGCUAAAGGAGUAAUGAUAACUCAUGGGGGUCUGAUUCAUAACGUGAAGUUGAUGCGAAGACAAUAUAAAAGCAGCUCAAGAACAGUACUUGUUAGUUGGCUUCCUCAGUAUCAUGACAUGGGGCUUAUUGGCGGACUCUUUACAUCUCUUGUUAGUGGUGGUACAGCCAUUCUUUUCUCUCCAAUGACAUUUAUCAAGAAGCCACUUUUAUGGCUUGAAACUAUCAGCAAGUAUCAAGCAACUCAUAGCGCUGGCCCUAACUUUGCCUUCGAGUUAUUGAUUCGAAGGCUAGAGUCUGACAAAGAUAAGCUUCAAAAUUUAGACCUGACGUCUAUGAUGUUUCUCAUGGUUGCAGCUGAGCCCGUGAGACAAAAGACUUUGAAAAGAUUUAUUGAACUAACUAGUACUCUUGGCUUAUCUCAGAAGGUUAUGGCUCCCGGAUAUGGCUUAGCAGAAAAUUGUGUGUUCGUUAGUUGUGCGUUUGGAGAAGGUCACCCUAUUAUUGUUGAUUGGCAAGCAAGAGUUUGUUGCGGGUACGUUCACCCAGGGGAUGCAGAUAUAGACAUUAGAAUAGUUGAUCCGGAGACUGGUGAAGAGCUUCAAGAAGAUGGGAAGGAGGGAGAAAUAUGGAUUAGUAGUCCGAGUGUAGGAAUAGGAUAUUGGGGAAAGGAAGAAUUGAGUCAAAAAACUUUCAGGAAUGAGCUUGAAAACCACCCUGGACGUAACUACGCAAGGACUGGAGAUUUGGGACGAGUAAUAGAUCAAAAGUUGUUCAUCACUGGCAGAAUCAAAGACCUUAUCAUUGUUGCUGGAAGAAAUAUUUACUCGGCAGACGUUGAAAAAACAGUUGAAAGCUCAUCUGAGCUUCUUCGUCCAGGGUGUUGUGCUGUCAUUGGUGUCCCUGAGGAAACCCUAUCAGCAAAGGGAAUUUCCAUUCCAGAUGGUUCUGACCAGGUUGGCCUCGUUGUGAUUGCAGAAGUAAGAGACGGCAAACCAGUUGGCAAAGAAGUGAUCCGGCAAAUUCAAAAUCGUGUGGCAGAAGAACAUGGAGUCUCUGUUGCUUCAGUCAAGUUGGUCAAGCCUAGAACCAUUAGUAAAACAACCUCAGGAAAGAUCAAGAGAUUUGAAUGCCUAAAGCAAUUUACAGAUGGAACAUUGAACUUGGCACCGCAACCACUUUUGACAAAGAAAACAUUAGCACGAUCAUUCACUACAGGAACAUGUAGGGAAGGAUAUACACCUCGACCCCAACUAGUGCUAAAUAAAAAUCUAAGCAGUCCAAGAAUCAGCAACGAACAAAUUGUGGAAUUCCUGAAGGGGCUUAUUUCUGAGCAAUCAGGUAUUUCAAUUGAUAACAUCUCAAUUACAGACAACCUAACAUCAUAUGGAAUUGACUCGAUAGGUGUGGUCAAAGCAACUCAAAAGCUCUCUGAUUUCUUGGGAGUGCCAGUAGCAGCUAUCGAUGUCUUCGCUGCGUCCUGCAUUCUCGAGUUGGCUAAUUUCUCAGAGAAUCUUCUAUUGAAGUCUCAACCUCAACUUGGGAACAAUCCAUCCCAUGUUGCAGAACUUGAGAUUGAUUCUUCUGAAUUGAUUGUGGAUGUUACCAGAUCUCGCCAAUUUGGCAUUCGUUUCCUCCAGCUCUUGGCACUCAUUUAUAUGUCUGUCAUUCUAGUUUUUCCCACAUAUCUAUCUAUCACUACCAUUUUGGGUUUCAUCCAGAGAGUUAGUAAAUUAGUAGACGGGAUACCCUGGUUGAGUUAUUUGAUUUCUUUGUCUUUUGCACCUCUUGCUUGGAUCCUUUGCAUUGGUUCCACUUGUAUUUGCAUUUCAUUGUUCGGGACUUCUUUCCUGAGGCCAAAUUAUACCCUUGCCCCUGAAAUCUCCAUUUAUUCUGUGGAUUUCAUCAAGUGGUGGGCACUUUAUAAAAUGCAAGAAAUCUCUUCUAAAGUUCUGGCGGUACAUCUUAGAGGAACAAUAUUUCUGAAAUAUUGGUUUGAGAUGCUUGGUGCAAGAAUUGGAUCUGCAGUUCUGUUGGAUACAAUUGACAUCACAGACCCAUCUCUAGUUUCAAUUGGAGAUAAAGUUGUCAUUGCAGAAGGAGUUUUGCUCCAAAGCCAUGAAGUAAAGAAUGGACGUGUAAGUUUCUUUCCUAUUAGGAUCGGCAAAGGUUCUUCCAUUGGGCCUUAUGCUGUUCUACAAAAAGGAAGCGUUAUUGGGGAAGGCAUUGAAGUGCAACCUAUGCAAAAGGUUGAAGCAGGCCAACAAGUGCUCAAAAUGACAAGGCUUAACAAUGUUUAUAAGAACGCAGUACUACCUGUUGAUACUAGUGAAACUGAACCUGCUGUUAUCUACCAUUUUAUGGGAAUCUAUCUGAUUGGUUUUUUGAAUUCCCUUGCCGCUGCUAUUGUCUACUUCCUAUACAUAAGGUUCUUCUCGAAUCCCCCCUCAUUUCAACACUUCACAUUUAUUUGCUUAUCUGGAGCCUUCCACUGGAUCCCAUUUACCAUCAUAGCAUAUGCUACCAUGUUUUCGUAUGUCCCAUCAAGUCCCAUUAUCUUUGCCAUUUCAUUUUCUUGUUUCUACUUGCUUCAUGGUCUUAUUCUCAGCUCUCUCACUUGCUCUUUGACUCGACUCCUGGCGUCUAGUCAAAAGCAAACCCAUUUUAAAAUAUGGCUUCAACAUAGAAUCAUCAUUGCUUGCCACCUUAGAUUUGCUAAACUUUUAACAGGAACAGAAGCCUUUUGCAUGUAUUUACGUCUUUUAGGUGCCAAAAUUGGCAAGCAAUGUUCUAUUAGAGCCAUCAACCCUGUUUCAAACCCAAAUUUAAUGUCAAUUGGUGGGGGGGCCCAUCUUGGUGAUUUUUGUCGGAUAAUUACUGGGUUCUAUUCUUCUAAUGGGUAUAUUAGUGAAAAAGUCAAGAUUCAAGAUAAUUCAGUUGUCGGGAGUCAAAGCCUUGUCCUCCCUGGUUCAACCAUUGAAAAGAAUGUCAUUUUGGGUGCACUUUCAAUUGCUCCAAUGAAUUCUUUGCUCCAAGAGGGUGGUGUGUACAUUGGAUCACAAACUCGAGUUGCUAAUAGAAACUGUACAAAUGCUUUGGAUGAAAGGAUAGAGGAGAUGGACAUGGGAUACAAGAAAUUGGUGUCUAAUUUGGCUGCAAAUUUGGCUGCCACGACUUUGAAAGUUAAAGCAAGAUAUUUUCAUCGCACUGGAGUUAGCGGAAAGGGAUACCUAAAACUAUACAACAAGAUAGAAGGCUUUCCACUACACAAGAUUUUUCACGCUGGAAAAAGAUACCCUAUCAUUGUUAGGCACAGCAACAGCUUGAGUGCUGAUGAUGAUGCAAGGAUCGACGCUCGCGGUGCAGCUUUAAAGAUACUCUCCGAAGGUCCUACUUCUGAGUGUUCUCUCUAUGACUUAACACUUAAAACGGGCAAUGCAUUCUAUGCUCGCACUAUUGCUGAUUUCGCCAACUGGCUUGUUUGUGGACUUGAUGCAAGAAAGGAGUUUGUUAAGCGAGUCCCACAUGUUCGUGAAGCAGUGUGGAAUUCUCUUCGGCAUGCUGUCUCUUACGCUGAAUUGCACUACUACUCAAACUUCUGUCGGCUAAUUCGCUUUACAGAUGGACAGGAAAUGUAUGUGAAGUUCAAGUUGCGGCCUUGGGACAAACGUAUUAGCGAAGAUUUCGGCAAGGUAGAGCCAAAAGGGAUCCUUCCACCGGAGACAGGUGCUAUUCCUAGGGAUGAAAAUGAUGCACGUCCUUUACUUUUUCUUGCUGAUGAUUUCCAGCAACGUGUGAAUUCUCCUAGCAGGGUUCAAUACAUUCUUCAAGUACAACUCCAACCAAUACCAGAUAAUGAAGCCUCUCGUGACACUGUGCUAGACUGCACUAAACCAUGGGACGAGAAUGAGUUCCCAUACAUUGAUGUUGGAGAGAUAAUCAUCAAUCAAAUGCUUUCUACCGAAGAAUCAGAGAGACUGGACUUUAAUCCCUAUCUUAAAAGCCAUGAACUUGAUGUCAUUCAUGCUACUUCGAGCUCCCAAAGUGCUUCAAUUGAUCACGGCCGUUCCUUGGUCUAUGAGAUUAGUCAGAAGCUAAGAAAUAAAGAGCCACUCCCAGAGGCCUUGAGGAGCUUUAUUGAGCAAUCUGAUGUGAAGAUAGAUCUAUCAAAAUGUCCAAUGGCAGCUUCGACACAAAAAACAGAGUUGCAAGAAGUGAGCUUGACCAGAACAUGGUAUCAAACCUUGUUAGCAAUUUGCAUUCAACCAUUAUUACAAACCAGUCUACCUCAUGUAGUGGUGGGUUUAGCAGUCUUCGGUCCUUUGAAUUGGGUUGUACAACUGAAGAAUGCCCAGAAACUCCCAGUCAAUUGGCUGCUUCCUUUAUGUUGGGUUUUCUCAGGUAUCGUGGCAGCAUUGGCAUGUGUUGUUGCCAAAUACGUGCUAGUGGGAAGGAAGAAAGCAGGUGAAACAGUGGCUAUAUGGAGUCAAAGGGUGACAAUGGACAGCACAUGGCAGGCGAUCAGAACUGUGGUUGGAGAUUAUUUUAUGGACAUGGCAAGUGGUUCAUUUUGGUUGGUGGUGUGGAUGAAAAUGAUGGGCGCAGAGGUAGAAACAGAACGUGAGGCCUACGUAGACAGCAUGGGAGUAUUAUUGAACCCGGAAAUGGUAAAGAUUGGGAAUGGAGGAUGCGUGGGAAGAGAAGCUUUGCUCUUUGGGCACAUAUAUGAAGGAGAAGGCGGGGUGGUCAAGUUCGGAGAGAUCGAGAUUGGAGAAGAAGCAUUUAUAGGAAGUAGAGCGGUUGUGAUGCCCGGCGUACAAGUGGAAAAUGAGGGCAGCCUCAGUACGUUGUCUCUUGCCAUGAAAGGAGAAGUCAUUAGGUCUAAAUAAUGAGUAAUAUGAUAUGAUAGUGAGAGUAAUGACAGGAUGUCGUCUGCUCAUUCAUCCCGUUUCUUUGUUCGGUUUCUUGUCUUUCACUAAAGCAAUAAGAAAGCUGAUCAUUAUCUGUACAUGAAUUUGGGAGCUUUCAUCCAAUUUUAAUCAACAAAAUGAUUUUUAUUUCAAUAAGACCCA